AUGGGGCACUUGCGAUGUAAUAUAAAGGAGAAGCUAUGCUUUGGCCUUGAUUUCGAGCAAGAAAUGCAAACAGCGGCAACGAGCUCAAGUUUAGAAAAAUCUUAUGAAAUACCUGAUGGUCAGGUUAUUACAUUUGGCAAUGAGCGAUUCAGAUGCCCUGAAGCACUCUUCCAACCUUCUUUUCUUGGUAUGGAGUCUACAGGUAUCCAUGAAACUUGUUACAAUUCAAUCAUGAAGUGUGAUGUUGAUAUCCGUAAGGAUCUUUAUGCCAACACUGUCCUCUCUGGUGGGUCAACCAUGUAUUCUGGUAUUGCUGACAGAAUGCCGAAAGAAAUCAUUGCCCGCCCUCCCACAAUGAAAAUUAAGGUUAUUGCUCCACCAGAAAGAAAGUACUCUGUCUGGAUUGGUGGCUCCAUUUUGGCCUCUCUUUCCACCUUCCAACAGAUGUGGAUCUCGAAACAAGAAUACGACGAAUCUGGACCUUCGAUUGUGCACAGGAAAUGCUUCUAGAUUGCUUUUGACGUUUAACAGUUAAUUAAAAAUAUAUGAUAGAGUUGGUUUGUUUUUAUUGUUUUUCGAACGCUUUCGUAUCAAAGGUCCGCAUUAAAAAAAAGGAAAAUAUUAUGGAGUUUGUUGACUAACGUAGCAUCAAAGUUGAAAUAGAUAAAGCCUUUGUUGGUUUUA